AUGUUUCGUCCUUUUCAAAGUCCUGAAUAUCUGACAAAUGAAGAAAGAGAAGACUUGGCACUCUAUGAUGCUCUGUUGAAUAAUAACCUGAAUGAAGUCAGGCAUCUGCUUCAGCAUACAAAAAGAGAUUUAAAUGAUCAGUUUCUGAUAGUGAGAAGCAAGCUUCAUGAACUCAGCAAUCCCAUUCGACUGGUUGCCAGAUUCGGCACAGCCACCAUGCUCAAAUUUCUGAUAGAAGCCGGAUGUGAUGUGAACAAAAGAAGUGAAGAGCUGAAGAGAUCCCCCAUCCACAUGGCAGUUUUAAACAACAACAUCAGCUGUUUGCAGCUUCUCAUCACAGCACAGGCCAAGCUGGACUCCCAUGAUGUGUUUGGCAACACACCAUGCCACUAUGCGGCCGAACUAGGCUACCACAAUGUUCUGGAUAUAAUGAUAAGAAUUGGGAUCCAAGUGAAUAGCCGGGACAUUGCUGCCAAGACUCCAUUGAUGAAAGCUGUACGUAAUAAUAAGACAGAGGCAGCAAUACGCUUAAUUCGAGCUCAUGCAGACAUUAACGUGACAGAUGUUAACAAUGAGCUAGCUUUACAUUUCGCUGUUAGGAAUGGAAAUUCAGAACUGGUUGAUAUCCUUUUGGCUUCAAGUAGUUGUACAGAUGUUCAGAAUAUUUGGGGCCGAACUCCUUUGAUAGAAGCUGUUUACUGUAACAACACUGAGAUUGUCCAGCAAUUACUGACUGCAGGUUGUGACAUACACAAACGAAUUAUUAAGACGCAAGAAACAGCUCUGCACCUUGCAAAAAGGAAAAAAUAUGCCCAGGUAGUAGAGAAGCUAUUAGAGUACAUACUGGCAUCUCUAGGACACACAAUCACGAUGCUUGCAACUUAUGACCUUGAUAUACAGAAGUACACAAGUCUGUUGGAGACAGACUCUAGAAGAGUUUCACUUUUUUUAAUGGCAGCUGAAAGACGUCACUUUCCAACCUGUCAGCUUCUGGCUCAGCUAGGCUAUGUCAAUCACAGUUUACGACCAUUGUUUCAAGCCAGUCUUGCACAAGAUCAUUUAUCUGAUGUCGACCGCAGAAGCCUGAUUUCAGUUUUAGAUAUCAUGAGCUCCACAGUUUCACUCAAACAGACUUGCCGUAGGGUCAUUCGACACUCCAUUGGCCACACAGUAUAUGACAAGAUCUGCAUGCUUCCUCUCCCCACCGUUCUCAGAGACUACUUGAUGUACAGACCGGAGCAUUCAAUGUUUAUGCCUCCAAUCAGCAGAUGA